UGUGUGUGUGUGUGCGUGCAGGUCCAACAAGAGUUCCACACCAGAGGCUUCAUGAGUGACGUGGAUCUAGACCCAGGAUGUACUCUGAACAAGAAGAUUCGAAACGCACAGUUGGCUCAGUACAACUUCAUCCUGGUGGUGGGGGAGAAGGAGAAGAGCAGCAACACAGUCAAUGUGCGCACGCGUGACAACAAAGUGCACGGUGAGCGCAGCGUGGAUGAGUGCAUCCAACGCCUCAAAGAGCUCAAGUCAUCCAAGAGUCGCAACGCUGAGGAAGACUUCUGAGUUUUUUACUCCAAACAACGAGCAAUCAAUUUAUCAAAGUUUUUUAAAAUUAUUAUUGUUAAGAGGUCACAUUGGUGAAUGUUGUUCUUUUUUGUGGACAUCAUUGAAAUAGUCAUGGGACUCGGUGCUUCGCUUCCUAUUAGGUAAUUUGUUUUCAGGCUUUCAGGGAAUUGUACCAGAGUUGCAUUUAUCUUGAUUAAACACAUCCAUUCUUA